GCCGCGCAGCAGAUGGGAGGAGCGCCGCGCGUCGCGGAGCCCGGUGGGCGUCCGACGGUCGGCCAGCCCGCGGGAUUCCCGGGAGGUUCGCAGCCUGGCGCCUAUCCGCCCGGCUCGCAGCCUGGCGCGCUUCCACCCAGCUCUCAGUCAAACGCUCACCCGCCUGGCUCUCAGCCUGGCGCCUACCCACCUGGCCAACAUCCAGGCUGUUAUCCGCCCGGAUCCCAGUCCAACUCGUACUCGCCCGUCCCACAGGUGGGCUCCUAUUCGCCCAACUCCCAUUCGAAUUCCCAUCCGCCGACGUCGCUGUCAGAUUCCCACUCGCCCAGUCCGCAGUCCGUCUCUUACCAUUCUAGUCCCCAGCGAGAAGAUUCGCCAUCCAUGUCGCAGCCGGGGACAAUUCCUAUCCACCAGCCGUCUGUGAACCAGAACAGUUUCGAGCCUAUGAAUUUCCAGAGCAGCAUAAUUUCGCCAACCUCCCAGCAGGAUAAUUUACUGCCCAAACUGCACCCUGCCAGCACUCAGCCAAGCAUUUUCUCGUCUAGCUCCCAGCCGAUAAAUUCUCUGUCUGGAAUGUUCCAGCGUGGCCCACAUACCCACCCAUUUCCUCCCGGACCCCAGCCCAACAUCCAGCCGGGCAUGCUUCCACCCGGCCUCCAGCCCCCCAGCAGCCGGCCCAACGUUUCUGCUCCCAGCUUCCCGAGCCCCAGUGGCCAGCCUGUCAUGCAUCCCGUCGGUUCCCAGCUCUCCGGCGGGCCGGGCGGCGUGAUUGCGUCCGGCCCGGCCGAUGGUGGGCCAGCGCCAGUCACCACGGAUGGCGCGCGAGCGUCGAUAGCCGGGCGCGCGCAGCCGCCGGCGGCAGGUGGUCCGUCGACGGCCGGCGCCGGCAGCGGGCCCACGCCGUCCGUCGCCGCCAAGAAACCGCAAAUCAGCGCCGUGGAACGAACGCUCGACAAUUUCUUCGGCAAGACAGACAAGCUGCUAGCCAAGUUUGAUAAAACUUUGACCGAAAAAUUGCUCGACCCGUCACUCACGUCUCAGAACGCGGCGGCGCCAACGCCGGCGCCGGUGGCUAGUGUGCCGGCGCAGCCGAGCAUCCCAGAGCGGGGUCUGUUCACUCAGCUGCAGACCAGCCUUAAGGGGAAGGUGUCGGAGGGUCUGGGCGGUCUGCUCCCGCCGCAGCAGUCGGCACCGCUCCACGGCCUGCACGCCGAUGUGAACCACUCGAUCCAGCAGUCGGCGCAGGCGCUGAGAGCAGCCGAGGGCCGGGCCAGCCCCGCUUUCAGCCGCGCUCAAGUACAAACGGCCGCGCCCACCACUGCCACCGCACUCACAUUGUCCGAUGUCGUCAUGUCUUCCGCGCCGGUGGCGGCCGCUCCCUCUAGCCAGCUCAAUGAGCAGCAGCAGCAACAGAUAUUGCAGCAGCAGCAGCAGCUCUUGGAACAGCAGCAGCAGAUUGCCCACCUGCAGAGGCUGCAGCAGGAACGGGAGCGGGAACUCGUGCUCAGGGCCGAACAGCAAAAGGAGGAGUAUCAAAAGCAACUACAGCUGACGCAGGAGCGGACAAGGGCCUCGCUGGCGCAGGUGUCCUCUGCCCAGCAGCUGGCGACCAGCCCGUCGUCGAGCUUGCCAAAGUCCAAGAUCUACGUGCCGACGCCGCUGGUCGCCGCCGCCGCUGGCAAGGUGCAGCACACAGCGACGGAGCUGCUAUCGUUCCUGAAGCCGUCGGCGGCAGCUGGCGCGGCUACCUCCAGCAGCGUGCCGGUCGCCUCUGCCGCUCCUCCUGCGAACGCCAACGGCCAGCCCCCGGCAGUCGCCGUCGUCGUCGGCAGCGACGCCAGUGGUACGACAUCACCUCCAAAGGUGGAGCCGGGUCGCGACACCGAUUACGAAAACAGGGUAACGCGCCGCAAACGCUUCCUACAGUCGCUGGCGUCGCUGGGCGUCGACAACGACUCGCCUCCGAGUCCGGGCGAGUCGCCGCUGCUGGCGCUCGAGUCGUGCUCGGACCGGCUCGCCACGCCCUCGCCGAUGAGCAGCGUCGGGCGCAUCGACGACGACGCGCUCCCGUGCGAGCGGCCCAGCUCGGCGCCAGAGAUCAAAGCGCGCUCUCAGUUCUCCAACCGGUUCGGCGUGCACAUCCCGGCCGGCUUCCUGGACCUGGCCGAGGACGACCUGGACCUGCGGCCGUCUCGCGCGUCGCCCAGCGCGUCGGCCGGCGUCCGAGGCUCGCGCGACGGCGCCACCAUCCUCUCCUCCUCCAUCAAGUCCCCACGCGUGCGCACCUCUCUGCAGGCGUCGAUGAUCCCGCACCCGCCGGCGACGGCGCCCGCGCCGUCGCUCGACUCCCCCGCGCCGCCGCCUGACUCCCCCUCGCCGCCGCCACGCGAUCCGAGCCACGUGAUUCGCUACUGCGACGUCGAGAGCGACGACGAGAGCGACGGCGAGAGCGACGGCGAGUCGUCGGGCCCCAGCUCUGUGGUGAUGGAGCCCAGCGCCGGCGAGGUGUACACCAUCGUCGAGGAGGAGGAGGAGGUGGGCAGUCCCACGGCCGCCGACGGUGUCUCGCGGCGCAGGACGACAGGGGAGCUGUCGCAGCCGGAUGCGCUCGGCGACGCCCGACAGAGGUCUCAGCUGGUCAGCCAGAGGUCCCUGGAGGGCGCGCGCCCGCCGGACGCCUUGGGGCUGACGUCACAGCCCGGUCACGGAGCAAGCGGCAACGCCCACAGCUCCGCCGGCGGGCCUCCGAGCUCGAUGGGCGCCGCGUUCUCGGCGCUGCAGUCCUCGUCUACGGCCGGUCCGCUGGGGGUGGUGAGCUCGGCCAUCUCGGCGCUGCAGCCCUCAUCCACCGGGGGGCCGCUGAGCGCGGUGAGCUCGGCUCUGUCGGCGCUCCAGGGGCAGACCGCGCCGCGCCAAAGCGCUGCAGCACCCAUCGAUACACGGCCGAACCCCACUGGGCCAAACGACAACAUGGUCCACGCACCAAUGAACAACGCCACUGGAAUGCAGAGGUCUAUGCCCAGGUUCGGCCUGGCGGGCGCGGGCGGCGCAUUCGGGGUUACCCGGCCGCCAGCCAGGGCUACCCUGCUGCGUCAGGCCGCCUUCAACCCGCCGACCUCCAGCCUCCCCACUGCCUCUCAGGGGAACGUGCACGCCACACAGGCGUUCCCGGCCACCUCUCAGGGGUACUCGGCCACCUCGCAGGGCUAUCCCGCCGCCUCGCAGGGCUACCCCACCGCCUCGCAAGGCUACCCCACUGCCUCUCAAGACCACCAGGCCAGCUCGCAGAGCUACCCUCCAAACCAGCAGGGCCACCCGAUGGCCGCCGCGGACGGGUUCGCUGCGGCAUCUCAGCCCUUCUCCGGUCCGACUGCCGCGUACCCUGGCGCGGCUCAGGGGUACCCGUACCCCGAGCCGUCUCAGGGCUACCCGGGGCAGACGCCACACGCUGGCUCUGCGUUCGGACCCGGCGCGCCUCUCAACGGACCCACGCACCACCAGCUCGGCAACAGCGGACAGCAGCUCCAGAGGCAGCAGCUGUCGCACGCUCAGCAAAACGAGAAUAUGCUUAACCGAAAUGUUCAGGCGGCGACCAUGGCGGGCCAAGCACUGCCGACCUACCCGCCAGUCACCAUGGCGCCGGGCAUGCUGACGCAGGCGCCGCAGCACAUGAUGAACAGCGCCGGCCGGCCGCCGGCCAGCAGCGCCAGUCAGGGCCCGUCCAUCAGCGGCAUGCUGGCCGACUUCAGCCGCGCGCUCG